CGAGCGAGGCCGCGGCACGUGGACGCAUGCGAGCAGCAGCGCAUUUGGCACUCCGACCGUGAUCAUGCGCUGGAUCCUUGGGUCGAAGUCGAGAUUCCAGCGCGUACAAGCCAUUUUCAUGCUCUGCGCCAUCGGGCAUCCAAUUCUCGCGGUGUCGUGGCGACCACGAGCUCCUUGGAACCUUACAUCAUCGUCAAAGUUCUGCACCACCCAUGCCGCAGGGAUCAGCUGGUAGUCGCGCACCGCCCGCUGCUUGCGCUCGAGGCGAGUGGAUUGCUCGGACGAAUGAUUGCACUACAUUCUUUCACCCAAGUGUAUCUGCCAAGGUAAUCUUGCACGGUCACAGAGAGUUCCAUUCCUCAUCCAAACGUCUUCGAGCAGCGUAUCAUCGCGAUCGCGCCAGACACUUCUUUACCACGCCCGAAGCAACAGGCGCAACCACGUGCAUCUUUGUGCUGUCAAACGAAUGUGGCAUGACUUGGCAGGAAGACCUUGACCACAUUGGGUGUCCUUCCAUCGGUGUGCUCGGAAAAUCUCGUUGCUGAUGUUUCAG